GGAGGCGUUCUUGCCAGUUGUGGGCUUUGGCUUUUUUUACAUCACCCUCUCCCCUUCGCAUUCCAUGCAGGGUCUCUCUCUCCUGCUCGUCUCUGCUCGCUCGAGUGGCGGGAGAGUUGGUGCAAACCUCGCCGCAGCAGCCGUCGCCGCCACCGCCUCUCGCGGGUUCCCGCCCCUGCCUCGCUGCCUUGGUCCCAGCCCUGCGCCCCUGCCAUGGGGCCAACUUCGGGCUCCUAAGUGUUGCCCGCUCUUACCAGCGCGCUCUCUCGCCAAAGUCUCCGCGAGCGUGCUGUGGCUUAAGGCUCAAGAGGUGCCAGCCUAGAGGUUACGGGAAGGGGAAAGGGCGGCCAACUGGGAAGGAGGAGGAAACCAGAAGAAAACACAAACGAUGAGUUUCCACAAGGAGGACGGAGUGAGCAGCUUGUGCCAGAAGGCGCUGCACAUCGUCACCGAGCUAUGCUUUGCGGGCCAGGUGGAGUGGGAGAAGUGCUCGGGCAUCUUCCCCCCGGACAGAGGCAGCCAGGGUGGAGGCAGCACAGAUAUUUCAGUCAGCCUAUUAGCAGUCGUUGUCAGCUUUUGUGGCCUGGCCUUGUUGGUUGUCUCACUCUUUGUCUUCUGGAAGUUGUGCUGGCCUUGCUGGAAAAGCAAACCCAUGACUUCAAAUGUCAGUACCCUUCCACAGAGCAUUUCAAGUGCUGCUACUGAAGUUUUUGAGACUGAAGAGAAAAAAGAGGUCAAAGAAAAUGGAAAGCCAGCACUAAAAGUUAUUGAGCCUGCAAUAAAAAUCAGCCACACUUCCCCUGACAUCCCAGCAGAAGUUCAAACUGCUUUAAAGGAACAUUUAAUUAAACAUGCACGUGUGCAAAGACAAACUACUGAGCCUACAUCUUCAUCCCGCCACAAUUCCUUCAAGAGACACCUACCAAGGCAAAUGCAGGUUUCCAGUGUUGAUUUUAGCAUGGGCACAGAACCUGUUUUACAAAGAGGAGAAACAACAACCAGCAUUGGAAGAAUAAAACCAGAGCUGUACAAACAGAAAUCAAUUGAUUCUGAAGGCAACAGAAAAGAAGAUGUCAAAACCUGUGGGAAACUUAACUUUACCCUCCAGUACGAUUAUGAAAAUGAACUUCUAGUUGUUAAAAUUAUCAAAGCCUUAGAUCUCCCUGCUAAAGACUUCAUAGGAACAUCUGACCCUUAUGUGAAGAUAUAUCUUCUACCAGAUAGGAAAAAGAAAUUGCAGACCCGUGUGCACAGAAAGACUUUAAAUCCUCUAUUUGAUGAAACCUUUCAAUUUCCAGUAGCAUAUGAUCAACUAAGCAACAGAAAACUACAUUUCAGUAUAUAUGAUUUUGACAGAUUUUCUAGACAUGACAUGAUUGGAGAAGUGAUUUUGGAUAAUUUUUUUGAAGUUUCUGAUCUCUCCAGGGAGGCCACAGUAUGGAAAGAUAUUCAUUGUGCUACAACAGAAAGUAUAGACCUGGGUGAAAUCAUGUUUUCCCUUUGUUAUCUGCCUACUGCUGGGCGUAUGACAUUGACAGUCAUCAAGUGCAGAAAUCUGAAGGCUAUGGAUAUUACUGGUUCUUCAGAUCCUUAUGUCAAAGUGUCUCUGAUGUGUGAGGGUCGAAGAUUAAAAAAGAGGAAAACAACCACAAAGAAAAACACUCUAAACCCUGUGUACAAUGAGGCCAUUAUUUUUGAUAUUCCUCCGGAGAAUGUGGACCAGGUCAGCCUCUCCAUUGCAGUCAUGGAUUAUGACAGGGUAGGACACAAUGAGGUCAUAGGUGUCUGUAGAACAGGACUGGACGCCAAGGGUCUUGGGCGUGACCACUGGAAUGAAAUGCUGGCCUACCACCGAAAACCAAUAACACACUGGCACCCCUUGGUGGAGUUACCUGGCCGGGCAACCAGUUUUGAUAGUCAAGGAUCCUGUUCCUCUCCCAAACCACCAUCCACACCGUAAUGCCUCGAAAACAAAACCAUUCUAAUAAGGAUCUAGGACCACGUGCUCAUCAGAUUAGAAAAAAAUGUGGAAAGUUUGAUUUCCUCAUUUAAAAUUUGUCCAUGGCAAUGAACAAAUUUUCUGUGCAGUUUUUUCAUUUACUUUUUGUCUGUUAGCUUUGAAUAUCUUAAUAUAUUUUACUUGAACACAAAUAGUCCUUAGUUGCAUAAGGCAUUUAAUUUUCUUGGCUUAUACCUAUUAAAACAAGGAGUGUUUCAAUAAGUUGUAAUUCUUUGCAUAAGCCAAGAAAUAAGUUUAUACCAUACUUAUCUGCUGUUGUAUAAAGUAGCACAUGUCAUGUGUAUGGUUUUGAUUUGAUUAUAAGUAUGUUCAUUUACAAUUGUGCACAUGGUUCUAUAUAAUCUUUAAUGGAAAAUUUGAACUUACGUAGCAUUAAAUUAUUAGGCAAUCAAAUUAAUGUCACUUAUCUGAUAAUAUAAUUCUCUUUCAGUCUUAACAAAUUCUUUGUUUGGUGAGGUUUGGCUCUGCCAAACUCAAAAUUUUGUCUCUCAAUCUUGUUCUUUAAAAUAUACAGAUAAAGCUGUAAAUUUAAAGAACUAUUUUGAAUAUGAAGUCAAGAAGUAAUAUUUAGUAGUUGGAAAAUGGAGGGUGAGCCACUUUGGCUACCAUUUUAUACUGUCUCAGUGUUACAUUAGCUCAAACAUCUGUUGGACUGUUUAACUGAUAUUUUAAAAAUUCUAAUAAUAAUUAAUCUCAAAUGUAGCAUUAGUAUUCCUAAGUGAAUAAAAUCAAAACUUGCUCAGUUUUUAAGUGUUUAUAAGGUUCUCAUGUACUGUGCCAUGUAAUUUUUGUGACCUGAAGCUAUAAUGUAGAUCAUAUAUUACUGGUACACCAUACUAACAGACACCAAAGCAACAAUAAAACUGUCUGUGCUUGUUGUCGCUUAGCUUAUACACAGUAAUAGUGACUUUUAAACUUGGUCAGAAACUAAUCAUUGGAAUUGAGUAUUUUCUUAAAGAAAGGUGGAAUUAUUUUUCAGCAAACUACAGAAAUAUACCGUAAAUAAUAAAACUUAAACAUUUAAUAAAAAUAAACAAAUUAACUCUAAAAGCCCAGACCUCCAGUCGUUUCAUGAAAGGCAUUUGCCUUCAUAAGGAUCAAGGAUCAGGCUACUAGUCGUAAAAACUAUGCAAAUGUUUUUACAGGACAGAACUUUCUUUUAAAUCAAGUCAACUUUUUAUUGUCUUGCUUCUGAGGUGUAUUAGGAAGGGCCUACUGAAGUACCCCACCCUAACUUUUAAGAUGUGCACUACAGAUAGUGUGUAUUUCAGAUUUAUCCCAAAAUAGGAGAUUAGGUAAAGGACCAGAAAAAAAGCAAGAAAAUCUGUACUUAGAAUAUAACUAAAAACAUAUAUACCAGAAAGUCUUACCACAGCGAUUACAACAUUUUUUAAUGAAAUCAUUUAUUUUAAAAUAUUAAAAACUAAAAGGUUUUAAAAGCCUUGAAAUUUUGUUCGUUGGUAUUUCUCAUGAUGGCAUUACUGUUGGGAUGUAAAUAUUUUAUACAUUAACAUUUUCAAACACAAUUCCAUCCUUGUACCAUCCUAAUGAAAACACAUAUUUCUAGUUAAUAUCCUCUCAUUGAAACUACUAGAAAACACCUGUUUUAAAAUAGUUGGCUACCUUUUGAAGCCUAAAAGAACUCCUUGCUAUAAGCAGAAUGAUUGAAGUGAUGCUUCCAUUUUGGAAUUCUUUGUUUUAUUGGGAAAUAUGUCAAAUGGGAAGACAAGAGUUAUUAUUAGAAUGCCAUUUUUGGAAAUAACUGUUUUAUUUAGAUGUACCUGCAGCUUAAAACGAAUCAGCAACUACAUUUCCUAAGUGGGUCUAACAUUUAUUUCCACCCGAAAAUAUUUUAAGGACUUAUUCAUCCUUUGAAGCCCAUUCUUCCCUUAGCUUCCCAAGCAGAAAAAGCCAAUGCCUGUGAUGAAAAAAUGCCAACAAACAACCAUUCAGGAGACUUUUAUUUGGAGAUUGUAGAUUAAAGAAAGUUUUUAAAGAAAUGUAAAAAAUAUUGUUUCCUAGGGUUUAGAAUAAAGUUCACAUGCCACAGUGCUUUUUAACCUGUGUGAGAGAAUAAAGAAAGGAAAUUCUCAACUCAUCUUUCAUGCAGUACACGAGAGAAGUUUACCAUCAUGUUGAUAAAGCAUGGACAUUUAAAAUGACAGCUCACAUUAUAAAAAUAUAAUCCUACCACUUUUAAUACAACAGACCCACACUCUACACAACCUAACUUCCAUACACAUAUAAUUUCUCUUUCUGCUUGUAAUUAAAGAUGGAUUAUUUUUAGUUUCAGUAUUUAAAAUAAGGUUUGGUUUUAGAAAUGUCCUCCAUUAGUAUGUGUGGGACAUCACCAGAUUUUAAUGACAGCACUGACACAUGAAGUUGUUGCUUAAAUGUAUGAUGAAUACCUAAUUUCAGGGACUUACGAAAUAUACACCUAAGAAAAAGGAGUAAGGGUUGAUUCAUUAGCAUAACAACGAUUUUGUUUUUGUUUUUAUCUGAUUCACAAACAAGUAAUCAGGAGAAUGAGUACACUGAAUCUAAAAAGAAUAUAAAUGUUUGUGGAGUACACAAUCUUCACAAAAAGCUGAAGUUUUUGUUUUUUUUUUCACACUGGUUUUCUAAUAUUUUUCUUGACAAAUUUUAACUCUUUGUCAGACCAGCCAUGUGUUUCUGGUACUACAUUUUACAUGUAAAAAACAUGUAAUUAAUACAUUCACAGUCAAGUAAAAAUAUCAUUUGAACCAGGACCAGGGAAAUAGAGAUAGAAAUGCAAAGCCAAGCACCUACUUCUUAUGCAGUUUUGGGAAGUGUGUGCAUGUUCUAGUAACUGCAGGGAGAUCACAACUGAUCAAUAUUGAACUCAGGUUUUAGAUAAAAGCAAACACGUUUGAACCUAUUUGGUUGUAAUAUUUAAUUGACAUUUCCAACUGUGUUUAUUCUCUUACAAUGUUUACUAUUUUAAAAUUUUGUAUUCUCAAUAAAGAGCUAUCAGUCUCUCAAAGCUUUCAUUUAAUGAUUGCUUCAAAAAUAAAAAAGCUCAACUUCCACUCUUGACUAUCCAAAAGUUUUGCUAUCCAUGAAACAAAAUACAACUUGUUUAUUUCAGAAUGAGUUGCCAAAAGAGCCAAAGACUACUACAAAUAGAGACACAAAAUUUUCACAUUGGACAUAUGGUAAUUUCUUUGCCUCUUUAUAAAGAGCAUGUGAUAUUAUUUAAGAAUGUAUAUUUUUUCAUGGAUUGAGUUCCAACAGAUUUUUUUGCCACCUUAAUUGUGAUUAUUACAUUCUAAAAGAAGGAGAAGUUUUCUGAUCAAUCAUCUAAUGAUUUAAAAAAAAAAAAAAAAAAAAAAAA